AUGUCCCAAUUUGUCAAGGAUGAAGAGCUCUGUCAGCAGUAUGCCCAGUUCGCAUCGCACUUGGUGAGGUGGCAGUUCAAAAUUAUCUACUGGACCAUGUUCAUAUCGAACCUAUUCGUUCUCUUCUUAGCAUCAUGGACUUUCAUCAAGGGCCAGGAAACAGCCGAGCGACUCAAUGACGAUCUCAAGAAAAGGGCCAAGCGAUUACGGUUCUACAUAUUGCUCUGCUUGGGUUGCGUUUCCGUUUCGACUGUCAUAGUCGUCAUGGAGGCAUUCUCACUGCUUGCACUCCAAUUCUGCGAUGGGGAGGACUUGAUGUCCUUGUACUGGUCUACAUGGACAAUGAUUCAAGUGGGCUCGCUGAUUGCCAUGGUGGGCAUCAUCCUCGCCAUGUGCCACUCGUUGAAGCAAAGCCGGCAUCCCCCGUGGGCUCUUGCACUCGGCACACCUGUUCUGGUCAUUGCUGGCUUUCUGCAUCUCUUUCACGCCUGUGGGAAAAAGGGUGUGAAGAAGAUGAAAGCUUCCUUCGCAGCACACGGCGACGACGAUGGCAACUUCAUGGGGCCCCCCAUGAGUCAAGCCAACACCAUUCAGGCACCAGAGGGCACAGAAGACGAAACAAUCGAGGGCGAGUUUAUCGGCUUCACCAUUGACGGCGGUCCCAUUGUCCGCUUCACCAACCGCUUCACCAACUGCCAAUUCCCCAGCAACAUGGAGCUACUUGGCCACUGCAACGACGACCGGCCCAUUGUCGCGUACCGGAAGGACUCCAUCCGUUUCAUCUCCGAGUCCAACAAGAAGCCUGUCUGCCCCAACAGAGAUAACGAGGAUCAGGAGGAGAAGGUGCACGAGAGCGUCUGA